CGUCUGUAUUGUAUAAGAUAAGAUAAGAGACGUUUUUGCAUUGAGCGUUUUUUUUUCUCUUUACAAAUGAAUAAUAAUUUAAGAUUAUAGUUUAGCGAAUGGCAUAAAGAGUGAAGGAGAGAGUGAGCGAGAGAUUUCUGAAAGAGCAAGGUUUCAUUAUUCUAACAUAUACCAUAUACUCUUGACAUCAAAUACUAUUUUUUAAUGCUCUGAAUGAUAAAAUGAUCAGACGAAUUUUCAUUUCAACCUCAAAUUUCACAAAAUUCUCCACCAAGCAUGCAAGUAUUGAAUGUACUCAGAUAUUCAAGCAUAUAUGUCAGCCAUGCCUUAAAGAGGUCGGCAAUUUUAAAUCAUUAACAACCAAAUCUUUUCAUAAUGCAAACUUCACUGACUUCCUGGAUCUCAAAUGCAAGAGAAAUGGCCACAUCUUCCAGAAUUGGUUUCAUAGCAGCAGCAGACAACGCAUGCCUCUCCCACCUGUUUUAGUACUGCUUAUUAAACCUCUUGCUAAAAUUGGAGCAGCUGUUACUGGAAGAUCUGUUAGACUUUGGUUCCGACGGCUCAGCCCUGAACAAAAGAGUAGAAUAACAUCAAAUAUAAAACGCAGGUGGUAUAUUUUUGCAGGAUGUGGAGCUGCGUUGGUUGGAGGAUCUAUACUUUUCUAUGUGAGUCAUUUAGAAGAAACACCUGUCACAGGACGUCAGAGAUUUAUAAUCUUUACUCAAGAGCAGAUCAACAAAAUUUCUGAUUCCGAAGCUAAAAUGAUAGAAGAAGUUUAUCAGGAAAAAUACUAUACAAAAACAGAUGCUCCAUACCUGCGUGUUCUGCAUGUGGCUAAAAGACUAGUAGAAGCCAAUCCAGAACUUCAGCCAUUUGAUAAAUGGACCAUAAAUGUUGUUAAGGACCCACUUGUAAAUGCCUUUGUAUUGCCAAAUGGUCAUAUGUUUGUAUUUGAUGGUAUAUUACAGCUGGCAAACACACAAGAUCAAUUAGCUAUUAUUUUAGGACAUGAGAUGGCUCACAAUGUUUUGGGUCAUGGAAUUGAAGAGCUGAGCUAUGGUAGAAUUUUAGAUGUGUUUAUAAUUUCCUGCAUAGCUGCAUUGUGGUUUGUUAUACCAAUUGACUCUAUAGCUGUUAUAUCACACUGGCUUUCGGGUAAAGUUAUCCAAAUAACCACAAAACUACCACACAGUCGACAGAUGGAGAAAGAAGCAGACAAAGUGGGUUUGAAAUUUGCAUCCAGAGCUUGCUAUGAUGUUCGUGAAGGCUCUGUACUGUGGCAGAAGAUGGACUAUAAUCAGAAACUUCUGGAAAACAAUCUUGAAGGUAAACUACCUGAAUGGAUCCAGACUCAUCCUGACAGUUUAAAAAGAGCAAGACAUUUAGACUUCCUUCUUCCCCAGGCUGAAGAAUGGAGAAAGGAAAUGAAAUGCCCAGCAUUGCCAGAUAAAGACCCAAGAGAUUGUUUUAAAAUAAUAUCACAAGACAUCGAAAAUGCAUUGUUAGCUUCUAAAACUGGACAAAAUCUCAAUAAAGUUCCACAAAAAUCCUCAAUUUUUCAUAAGUAAAUUUAUUACUACCAAAUGAUAAUAAAAGUCAUUUAAUUUAAAAAAAAAAAAAAAAAAAAAAGAACUAUUUUGUAAAAAUUCAUGGCUAUAUCCUAAUAUGUUUGCUCAGCAAUUAAAUUGCUUGAACUAUUUUUAUAGUUAAGAAAAACAAUUUUUUUGCAAAUUGAAUGUGUUAUUAUUUUUUUUUACAGAAUCUGAACUAAAAAAUGGUUCAUGUUAUAUUAUAAUUGGAUUUAAAAGCUCAUAGACUAAGGAAUCAAUCUUUUUUAUAUUAAUUUUGUGAUAAUAUUUUUUUUUAAAAGGUGAAUUGUUUUUGUGUAAUAUUGCUUAUAGAAACAAGUGAACUUUACCUUGCACAUUGUUACUUUAAUGAAUUUUGGAUCUCUAUAGAAGGAAUGCUAGAUUUCAUUGCUGUAACUCUGUAUAUAUUAGUUUGACUAAAUUAUUAUCUCAGUUCAUUGAUUUCCCUAUACAAAUUUAAUGUGAUAUUUUUUAAAUCUUUGAACCAAACAUGUUUUCAACCAUUUACUUUAUCAAUCAUAUAUUUUUAAUUUCUAGCAGAAUUUAAUGACUAAAUAAAUGAAUUAAAUUUUGUUAUUAGGCUCACAAUUUCUUAAAGAUUAUUGUAAAAUCUUUUUUAUUGUUGCUUUAAGUGCCUUGGCUUAUUUCUAAUAGGUCACAUACAACAGUGUUUAAAUAUACAGGCAUAUUAAUGUUAAUGAAUUAAUUCUUAAGAUUAGAUCUACUUGAAAAGCAAAUUCAUUGCAAGAAUCAAAUGUUACUAAUGCAUAUCAUAAAAAACAAUGAUUUCUAUAAUUCUGAAAUUUUUCGCUGUUUAUCUUUCAUUCUUGAAAAAGGCAUUAAUGAUUAUAAAAUAUGUUACAAGAGCAGAACUUGUGUAUGACUAGUUAGAGAUGUUAUUAGAUUAUUUUAGGAAAUCUGAAAUUGUGUUUUGCCAAACAUUUGUGUGUAAACUUUUGUUUUGAAACUAUUCUAUAGGUUUAGAUUAUUUUUUAUGUGAUAUAACUUGAAGAAUACAUUUCUAAGAACUUCA